UCCAUCCCCCGAACCACAAUGAUUGCCGUGCAACUUUGGCCGAUAGAUAUCCUGAUCAAAUACUAUCUUGAUACGACUUUUGAUUGGCUGCCAGUAUGUUCAUCGGCCAAGUGAUCCAACUAAUAAUGAUAGGGAAUUACUAGCAGAGGCAGGAAGCUCGAAAUGGAGACGUUCAGUCUGCAUAUAGAAUGGCCGUCCUUAAUGAACAUGAAUUUUUGAAGGAUGCUUUUCUCUAAAACCGGAACUGGAGUAUGCCAACCACGAUGGAGUCAACUGAGACUGAUAACAAGAUCGUCAAAGCUCAAAAUGCUACUACCGACUUCGAGGUCGGUCCGAACGAGGACUACGUCCAUGAUAUCGAAGAGGGGAAGACUACUUACUCCAAGCUUUCUGCUACUUUGAUGGUUAUCUUCUCGGGUCUCGCCAUUGGUUCAGAUGGUUUCAACUCUUCCAUUAUUGGAAAUCUUUCCUUGAUUUUUGGCGUCCUUUAUCCUGAUCUUUCGGCCACCAUGUACUCGCGUCUUUCGAAUGCGUUUCUUGUUGGUAUGGUUGUAGGAAUGUUGGGGUUUGGGUAUGUGUCAGAUCGUCUGGGAAGAAAGAGUGGGGCCGUACUCACGACAUUCAUUCUCGUGUUGGGUAUUGCUUUGAGCGCAGCGUCAAGUGGUAAAGAUCAACUGGGCAUGUUUUGGAUGCUUGUUAUUGCAAGAGGAAUAGCUGGUGUCGGUGCAGGGGGGUAUGUUAUACGUGUUUCUUAUACACUUUCAUGUGACUAAUUGAAUCUGUAGAGAAUACCCAGUUUCCGGUGCUGGUGCAACUGAGGCCACUGACGAAGAUGCUGGAGUCAGGAAGAACCGGGGAUUCAUCUUUGCAAUCAUUGGUGAUCUCUCCGCUACUCUGGGAUUUGUCUUUGGUGGGCUUGUGCCUUUGUUGCUUAUUCUAUGCUUCCAUGAAAAUGAGAAACAUUACCACAUCGUGUGGCGGCUAUCACUCGCUCUGGGGGCCAUUCCUCCGCUCUCAAUUUUCUGGUUCAGAUACAAAAUGGCUACAAGUACUGCGUAUAAGAAAAGCGCGGCCAAGAGACAAAGGAUUCCUUACUGGCCAAUUUUCAGACGAUAUUGGCGCCCAUUACUUGGUUGCUCUCUCGCGUGGUUUUUGUGAGUGUUGAUACGACCAACUUUGUGAAAAUACACAUACUAAUUGAAGAAAAGGUACAACUAUAUUUCGUAUCCAUUCGGCCUUUUCGCAUCCACAAUUCUUGAGCGUGUAAACGUGGGCCCUUCUCUCACCAAGAAUAUGGGUUGGGGUACUGUCAUCAACUGCUUCUAUAUACCAGGUGCAUUCAUCGGAGGGCUUCUCAGUGAUAAGAUCGGACGACGACGAACUAUGGCAUUAGGAUUCGGAGCCCAAGCCAUUCUCGGGUUUAUCCUCGGUGGUGCGCUGAAAGAUAUUCAACCUAUCCUCCCUCUCUUCAUCAUUCUUUACGGCAUUUUCCUCACUCUCGGUGAAGUGGGACCAGGAGCGACGAUUGUCCUAGCAUCAAGCGAGUCCUUUCCCACGAGUAUUCGAGGUCAAUGUCUCGGUCUGAUUGCUGCAUUCGGAAAAGCUGGUGCGGCUGUGGGAACAGCUGUUUUCAAGCCAAUACUCGCGAGCUAUGGGGAUGAUGCUUAUAAAGGAAAUCAAGCUGUUUUUCUGAUUGGGUCAGGGUUCGCUGUCACUGGUGCUGUUGCGGCUUGGUUCAUCAUUCCUGAUAUUAGUAAUCGAUUGGAAAAUGAGGAUGAAGCUUGGAAGAAGUACUUGCAAGAAUUGGGAUAUGAGAUUUCUUGGGGUGAUGAAGAUGCCAAAGAGCCGGUUGGGGUGAAGAUGGAUGGUGUGAGGACUUAAGUUUCUGGGUACUGAGGGCCAACAUAGGAGGAGCCAUUUGUCACUGUAACGAUGAGACAACAAGUGUCUAGAAAUGCUAUCAAAUUCCUUGUACGGGUUCUGUGUAUGUGUUGUAGAGAGUCUUC